UCAGCGCUUCCGCCGGCCGCUAGCUCUCUGGUUGCUACGGUUUGUUGCGUCUAGACCGACGCUAGAGACCAUUGGCACCGUAAUUGGAGUAGACACGAGUCUUCUUCCAUAAAGACGGAGAAAUGGGGAAAAAACACAAGAAGCAUAAACCGGAGUGGAGAACAGUCGAUGACUAUGAGGACAAGGCCCUUGAGAAGCCCCUGAAGCUUGUGCUCAAAGUUGGAGGGAGUGAGGUGACGGAGCUCUCGGGUUCGGGACACGACUCGAGUUACUACGAUGACAGAUCGGACCAUGAGCGGGAACGCCACAAAGACAAGAAGAAGAAGAAGAAGAAAAAGUCUGAAAAGGAUAAAGACAAAUAUGUGGAUGACGAGGAGAGAAGACGGCGUAAGGAGGAAAAGAGGAGGAAGAGAGAGCGGGAGCAGAACGAAUCAGAGACAGCAGCUUCUACUGCUGCCAGCACCGGUGUACCUGUUGAGCCUUUCACAUUACCAAAAAGUAUAAGUAUUGGAUUGGAGCCGGAAGAGAAGAAAAAGAAGAAAGAGAGAGAAAGAGAGCGAGAGUUUGAGCUGGAUCCUGAUCCUGAAGUGGAUGAGUUUCACCACAGUUUGAAGUUGGACUUGGAUCAACAAGGAGACAGGCCGUUCCGAGCAUGCAGGACGCAACAAGAAAGUGAAUCCACUCCUCGUCAACAACUGCUGGAGCACUUUCUGAGGCAGUUGCAGAGGAAAGACCCCCAUGGAUUUUUCUCCUUUCCAGUAACGGAUGCGAUCGCCCCUGGUUACUCAAUGAUCAUCAAACAUCCGAUGGACUUCAGCACCAUGAAAGACAAGAUUAUAAAAAAUGAAUAUAACACUGUUACAGAAUUCAAGGCGGACUUUAAGCUGAUGUGUGACAAUGCCAUGGUGUACAACAGACCAGAGACGGUCUAUUACAAAGCUGCCAAGAAACUGCUUCAUACAGGAUUUAAGAUGAUGAGCAAGGAACGGCUGUUGGCUUUGAAACGCAGCAUGUCUUUCAUGCAGGAAAUGGAUUUCACCCAGCAGGCGGCCAUUUUGGGAGACGAAGACCUUACAGCUGAUAUUCCUCCUCCAGAGAUAAUCCCCACCCCAGUAGAAUCAGCUAAGAAGUCCAAGAAACAGCCCGUUAAAGACAUGAAGGAAGUUAUCAGUGACCUGUUUGAACUAGAGGGAAACGCAUGCAGCCUGACCGACAGCACAGCAGAGGAGCACGUCCUGGCACUGGUUGAGCAUUCCGCAGAUGAAGCUCGGGAUCGGAUCAACAGAUACAUGCCCAACUCCAAGAUGGGCUACUUGCGUAAAGAGCAGGACAGUUCUCUCUUAUACACUGUUGUGAAUCAGCUGGAUCCUGAGGCAGAGGAAGACGAGACUCAUAAAGUGGACCUGAGUUCUCUUUCAAAUAAGCUUCUGCCUGGAUUAACGACCUUGGGUUUCAAAGAUGACAGGCAACACAAAGUAACGUUUCUGAGCAGUGCAUACAACGUUCAGACCCUUCAGAAGAACUCUGUCUUUCCCGACCUGCUACCCGACGAGGUGGACACGCUCUAUUCUGCCUAUGGCGACGAGGCGGGGGUACAAUGUGCUCUCAGCAUACAGGAGUUUGUCAAGGGCUGCGGAGGCGUCACGAGGCGUUGGGUCGACAGGCUACUGGACACAAUGACCGCGGGCGAUCACACUAAAGCUGUCAAUCAAAUCCGACAGAAGAGAAACAUCGCGCUAAUACCCGAGGAAACCAAAUCCAACAUCUGUGACAUACAGAUGGCAGACGGCACGGGACUGGGGGACAGUGGCUCAGUCCUGGACUUCAUGUCAAUGAAGAACUAUCCUGAUAUGUCUCUGGAAUUAUCUCUGCUGAACUCAUUAGGUAAAACAGUCAAAAAAGAGCCUGGCAACGAGGAGGGCCAGCAGAGCUUUGACGAGGCAGACAAACUCCUGCAGGAGUUCCAGGAUGCUCAAGUGGACAGAGUCGGCUCUAGGCCUUCGUCCAACCUGUCUUCCCUUUCUAAUGCCUCAGAGAGGGAUCAGCACCACUUAGGGAGCCCGGCCCACCUGGAUCAGUCUGAGAUGGUUCACGAUCCCUACGAGUUCCUGCAGUCUCCGGAGACAGAGAGCACAGCCAACACCUGACCACACACAACGCCAUUCGGUUUCUCCUGUGGCUAACAGCAGAAGCUUGGACUGUUUAAAUGAAAAUUAAAUGUUUUUAAGACUGAAUAUCA